AAACGUCAACUUAUUGAUGAAAAAUCACAUGAUAUUCAUUUAUUAUUACCAAAUAUCAAUAGUUCAGAUUUACCAAAUGAUACUUUACAAAGAUUACGUCAAGAAAUUGAACAUUUAAAAGAACGUUUUGAUGAAACAAUUAUAGAGAAGUUGAAACUCGAACAACAUUUAUUAAGCAAAAACAAUCAAAAUGCAUUAAGAUCACUUGAUGAACAAAUGAUUAAAUUUGAAACUCAAAAUGAAGAACGAGAACGACGUAAACGUCAAUGUGAACGUGAAUGGGAUUUAUUUAUGGAUGAAAUAAAUUUAUUACAAGAUAAAUUAAAUAGAUUUAAACAACGAAAAAUUAAUACACAAGAUUCAAUUGAAGAACAAAUUCAUUUUAUACGAAUGCAAAAUCAAGAAUUAUAUCAAUAUCAAGAUGAAUUAUCACAUUUAAAACAACAUGGACAAACAAUGUGUAUUGAAGAUGGUAAUUCUAUGCCAUUACCAUCUCAAAUUCAUCUUCUUCAAUCAAUGAUUAACUUUUUAAAAGAACAACUAUUUAUUUCUUUUUCUUAA